UUUGGUCAGCAAAGAAAGGGUCCGGAAGCAAAGAUGCACGCGCCGUGAAGCAUUGAGUUUCAGUCGAACAUCUAAGUGGCGCUGCAGCAAAGAUCAGGCGAAGCAGGUCUCCCAACAUUCUCCUUGCUUUUGCUUUCGCUUUUCUCUUGAUACAUGGUGAACCGUGACUACUCCGUCGAGGAGAAGAAUCUGAGAAAAUCCAGUCUGUUCUUCCUAUCAUUUUCUAUCAAAAUUUGACGCCGGUGAGAUGAAGAUUCGUCAGAAAUCAGAAUUAUUGCCUGGCGGAAGGUGGAGAUCAAUAUCAGGCUGCGGCUGCGGUGGAGGCGAGAAGUCGGUGUUUAUUUUGUCAUUCCGAUCCGUCUAUUUACAUUCCGGCUAUGAAUCAGAUUGGCUAAACCUAUGCGCUCCAUCGGAGGGAAACCUCAGAACCGGCCGAUUACUAUUAGGCAAUUGACGCAAAACAGUGUAAUAAAAAAUGUUUUAAGUAAUAAACGACAGGUCGUCAUGACCCACGGUUUAUUCUGAACGCUAAGAUGGGCGUAUGUCUAGGUGGCGACAGUUGAAUGGGUACUAAUUCAUCAGAUAGAUUACAAAUAGCAACAUCCUGUUGUCGAUAGAGAGGAUGGGUUGCGUCGUGAGUGGACGGGAGCUGCAUACUUUCAACUGCCCAGUCGUCUCCGCUUAUAGUUUACUCUCCUCCUAUAGAGACCCCAGUAAGAAAAAUUACAAUUCCCCUCCCCCUCUAUCUCAUCUCCCAUACGAACCAGAAGGAAGAGACUGAGACAAGGAGACUCAGAAACAUGACCCUCUUCUCGUUGCCAGAGUAACACUGCAAGUAGCGAAUGCAUAGAUGCGAAUGGCUGCCACAUUCUGUAACCUAAACCCAGGGUCUGGCCUGAAGAAACUAAAUGAAUGCCUCCUGCAUCAGAGUUACAUGACAAGGUAUUAUCUGGACUCCAAACGGUCAUCAUAUUUCCUAUGCAAUGGUAGAAAACUUUUGCAUAGCACUUAUAGAAGGCAAUUAGAAGUCAGAAAAGGACACCAAUCUCAAUGGGUAUAUUUGGUGAGUAAAUCAGACUAUUCUGGCACUACCAAUGAAGAGGAAAAAGAAGACGGUGUGUCUAGGGCAACCUUGAUAUGGAGGGCGGUUAAAUUACCAAUGUACUCUGUUGCUUUGGUUCCUCUCACUGUGGGUAGCGCAGCUGCAUAUUUUCAGACAGGCAUAUGCUCAGCUAGGCGUUUUUUUGUUCUCUUGGCUUCCUCUGUUCUUGUUAUCACAUGGCUCAAUUUAAGGACACACAUAUAUGGAAUGUAUGACAUUUUCUUGCAACCGAAGUUGAUCCAUCACAAUGAUGUUUACGAUUUCGACACUGGAGCAGAUAAGAACAAAAAAGAAUCAGUUGUAAACCUAGUUGGCAUCCGUACAGGAACCCUAGUUGCUGCUUAUUCACUUCUUGCUCUUGGCUUCGUGGGGCUGACAUGGGUAUCUAUGGAGGCUGGAAGUAUACGUUCAAUAAUGUUACUGGCAUGCUCAAUUAUUUGUGGUUAUAUUUAUCAGAGCCCGCCAUUUCGAUUAAGCUACCAAGGAUUGGGAGAGCCCCUGUGCUUUGCAGCAUUUGGUCCAUUUGCUAGUACUGCUUUCUACCUAUUGCAAGGCAGCACAAGGAAGAUGAACCAUCUUCCCAUUAGUGGCACAAUUCUUUCUGCAUCAAUCCUAGUUGGCAUCACAACAACCCUAAUCCUUUUUUGUAGUCACUUCCAUCAGGUAGAAGGAGAUAAGGCAGUUGGAAAAAUGUCCCCUCUGGUUAGGCUUGGUACCAGAAGAGGUUCAAAGGCAGUAAAGGUGACUGUCAUAACACUUUAUGUCCUUGCGUUUGCUCUUGGUCUAAUCAAUGCUCUUCCUUUUACUUCCAUUCUUCUCUGUGCUUUUACAUUGCCCAUGGGAAAAGUGUUUGUCACAUAUGUCGAAGAUAACCACAAGGUCAGUGAUAAACUUGACAACCAGAAGAUCUUCAUGGCCAAAUACUAUUGCGUGAGAUUUCAUGCUUUAUUCGGAGCUGCAUUGGCUGCUGGAUUGGUGGUGGCUAGAAUGAUGGGUGAAAGAUAUGUUCCAAGGCUUAUACUCUUUUGAGUUUUUUCUUCAUCUUCCAUGUCUUGGGCUUUGAAAACACGAUGAUGAAGCAAAAGCUCGCAUUGUAGAUGGUGUGAUAUGAAUGAUCGUUAUUGGAUACAAGUCGUCAGAUGUAUGCUCCCUGGAUUAAGCAACAAAUUCAGAGAACGAUCAAACCUGUCACCAACAAACGUGCUUCCUGGAUAAACGUUUUGAAUUGUUAUACUGUCCCUUGCUGUGAUUUUAAGAUACCUAUAUUCUUAGACUCUUGAGGCAAAUCUGUCACCAACAAACGUGCGACCAAAAUGUAUUUAUGCAAGUUUUGAGGAAUUGUAAUUUUAAUUUAAUUUUUUUUUUAACCUGUUUUACAUUCUAUCGGUACACGUGAAAUGUUUUUUUUGGAUCAC